GGCUGACUGGCUGCGUGGGGAGCCGGAGUGGGCGCAGUGGAGGACUUUCCUAUAAAAGCAGGGAUCCCGCGGACAGACGAGCUCGUCUCUCUCAGUCACCGGCGGACGCGAGCCAAGAAUCCCGGCGAAAGGCUGCUUUACUCGUCCCGUCACAGUUGGGAACAUCAUCUCAACCCCAUCCAAAGGAAUUCCUGGUCUAUGGUUCUGACUGACGCUCCGACAAGGAUGUCCCGGACCGACGAGGUGCACCGUAUAACCGAGAAUGUGUACAAGUCCAUCAUGGAGCAGUUCAACCCCUGCUUGCGGAACUUCAUAGCCAUGGGAAAAAGCUACGAGAAGGCACUCACCAGUGUCACAUAUGCUGCAAAGGGCUACUUCGACGCUCUGGUGCGGAUGGGCGAGAUGGCCAGCGAAAGUCAAGGCUCUAAGGAUCUUGGGGAGGUGCUCUUUCAGAUGGCUGAAGUGCACAGACAGAUCCAGAUCCAGCUUGAAGAGAUGCUCAAGUCUUUCCACAACGAGCUGCUCACAGAGCUGGAGAAGAAGGUCGAGCUGGAUGCACGCUACCUGAAUGCUGCGCUGAAAAAGUACCAGAUGGAGCACAAGAGCAAAGGGGAGAGUCUGGAGAAGUGCCAGGCAGAGCUGAAGAAACUGCGCAGGAAGAGCCAGGGCAGCAAACACCCCUCCAAGUAUGGAGACAAGGAGAUGCAGUAUGUGGAGGCCAUCAGCAAUAAGCAGAGCGAGCUGGACAGCUACAUCGCUGAGGGCUACAAGAACGCUCUGUCCGAGGAGAGGAGGAGGUACUGCUUCCUGGUGGACCGUCAGUGCGCUGUGGCCAAGAACAGCAGUGCCUACCACAUCAAGGGGAAGGACCUUUUAUCCCAGAAGAUCCCAGUGUGGCAGCAGGCGUGUGCCGAGCCCAACAAACUGCCAGAUCGUGCCAUGUUUCUGGCCCAGCAGAUGAGCGGCGCAGCGGGCCCCAUGACUCCCAGUGCUCAUCAUCCAGGCAUGCCGAUCUCUGAGCCCAUCCCUGGUGCUAAACCCCUGCCAGUACCUCCAGAACUGGCAGCCCUCAGGGCCAGUGGGGGUAUGGGACAGCAGAGGCUGAUGGGAGGCGUGGAAGGAGGAAUGCCGGUGAUGAACGGCACGGCCGGCGCCCACGGAGGAGAAGACUACCAGCAGUGGAUGGAGGGCAAGGUGGCCCAGGGCAAGGCCUCGCCCCAGAUCCAGCGGCACGGAGGGGAGGUCUACUCCAACACCCUGCCUGUGCGCAAGGCCGCACCAGCCAAGAGCAAGACCAUGCUGACGGAGACCCGUACGCUGCCCCGGUCCAGCUCCAUGGCUGCAGGGCUGGAGAGAAACGGGAGAACUCGUGUCCAGGCCAUCUUCUCCCAUGCAGCCGGUGACAACAGUACCCUGCUCAGCUUCUCUGAGGGCGAUGUAAUAACCCUGCUGGUCCCCGAGGCCCGCGAUGGGUGGCACUAUGGGGAGAAUGAGAAGACGAGGAUGCGGGGCUGGUUUCCGUUCUCCUACACGAGGGUGAUCUCUGACAGUGACGGUGACUCCAUGAGGCAACUUCGAGUACACAACCUCCACCACGGGAAGAGCAGCAGCACAGGCAACCUUCUAGAGAGAGAAGACAUGGCUCUCCCUGUCCCUGAUUACGGCAUCCACUCCCGUAUGGCAGCACAGAGCGCCGCUGCGCUGCAUGGCAGACAACAACGACCCUACAGUGUGGCGGUGCCAGGCUUCGCCCAGCAAGGACUUGAGGAGUACGAGGCCCGCUUCCCCACAAGUUCCACAGAGGGCAAAUUGAUUUCGACAGUGUGAGGACAGACAGACAAACAGGCACAGACUCAGCCAGACGAUGCGAUAGGACAGGCACCUCGCUGCCCCUCAACCAAACCCUCCCCUCAUCCUUAGCCCCUCUUUUCUGCCUUCCUACCUCCUGCCUACGGCAAUAAACUCUUUCUCAAGCUGAUCAAUGCAAGGAAAAGGCUUGAGUCUGUAUCGUUUCCCCUCUCUACCCCCCAUUUCCCCUCAAUCCUGCCCCUUGCUGUCUAAUUGGCCGGUAGCCACACCGGGCCACUGGUGCACAGCCACACAAAGCCAAACCAGAACAAAAUGGACUCUGUGCCGUCCGAAUAUUCAAAAUCAAUGUGAUGGACAUUUUCUCUGAGGAAAAUGUAUCUUUUGCUUGUCUUUCAUGCAUGUACAUUUCUUUUAUAUAUCGCCAGGGGUUUAUCCUUCCCCACGGGAGGAACCUGAUUUUCAGAAAUGUCAGUGCUCUCCAUCAGAAUGACAAUGUAAAGGAAAUGUGAAUCAGGGUGUACAACUAAAGUUGUUGAUCCCAAAGAGGAUUUUCAUAAUGUGAACACAACAUUACAAUCAAUACUCUUACUGGGUCUUUCAGUAUUUAACAAUAAUUUCACCUUUUCAUGCUGUGAGGUUUUGUAUUCCUCUGAGGUAAGAGGCUAUGUAUCACGAGUAGUGAACAGCUAAUGUAAAUGUUUUAACUUGUGCAAUGGACACGAUGUGAUGGGAAUGUGUACUGUACAUAAAUGUGCCAUACAGAAGUGCUUGUCAUACAGUAUCUAUGAUCCGUUCAUAAAGAAACGCACCUUAUAAAAUAAUAGUCUAUAUAUCUGACUUUCUGUGAACAAACUUACUGUAACGUUUUUGUAUUAGCCUUCAAACUUGUUCUCCAACAUCUUUAUGAAGGGACACUGUGCUCAGACACACCAACCCUGGUGCUUGGGGUCCUUCCACUAUCUGUUGUGGUGUGUGAAUAUCAUGCCAAGGCUGAAUGGGGUCGACUAACCCCCAUCCCCGAAAGACAUAAAAGACUCUGAGUUAGUUGAUCAGUUGACUGACCGAAAGACCAAGAUGUCCAACGUUCGCUGGCUCCAGCUUUUCAAGGGCGAGAGUUUGCCGCUUUCUUCCGUUUUCUAUCAUUGAGUUUUAGACCGUUGGUCCGACGAAAAAAUCAAAUUCAACACAUCACUUUGGCAACAAUUAAGUAAAUAAUUAAACAAUUAAUCGGUUUUUAAAAAAUCAGCUGAUUAAUUGCUAAUACAAAUGAUUAAUAGCGGCAGCUGUCGUUCAUGCAUGAAAGAAAAGACAACUGGUACUGCUGUCUGGCUCGGUGCACAUGAUCUCAAAACAUUGCUUCUCAUUGGCAAAGGUUUGAAAUCUUCUCUACAUUGGGACAUGUUGUAGUGCCUGUUACCGUGGGUUAAACGACUAACGAGCAACUUAAGGCUUAAAAUUACGCUCAACAACAGAAAUGGUGAUGAACUUCUGGAUCCCGAGGAUCAAAUGGGGCGUCGGCGGCGUUGUGAUAAUGCAACAGGCUAAUCGCUGCCCUAGUGGUGGAACUGUGCCACGUUUAUCCAGUGGACAGAUUUAUGGCACAGUCUCUCUGCAGCCUUGAAGGGGGAAGGAGUUCAUUUGAUGUUGAAACCUCAUUCAGCCUUCUUGUACUGUGGUCUUUGCAAUUAAAGGCGUGAUUUAAAACCUCAGUGAGUAAAAAGCUUCUUGUUUUGAAGAUAAAAGAAAUGUUUGUCUGAUUCUCUCUGUGUUUAAUAAAGAAGCUGGUCUGCUUGUCUGUAUGUCGGUCCAGUUAGUGCCUGUCUAUACUAACAACUGUCCCUCUGUUGACAUCUGAUGUCCACUAACUAGCUAGGAAUUGGUCUUUGUCAUAUUAUCAUCUUCUGAAUCUUAUGCGUUUAAUAAAAAAUCUCAUCCACGUACUGUUUUGCCAAAGAGAGGAGGUGAAAAUUUAAACUGUGCACCUCUCCCAUGCUUUCUACUCAGCAAAAAUGUCUGUCUUUACCAAAUAUUUAAUUUGCUCGAGUGUUUACAGAGUCUUAAAAUAUUUUUUUCUUUUAAUUAGUGAAAAAAGUGAAGCCAAUACUCACUUAUUUCUAAUAAUUCUUAAGAUUUUGCUGCUUCCGGUUUCACUUUCCAGAUCCUGUGUUGUGUUUUUGACGUUCUGUAAGAAAAAUAUUUCAAGACGUAAUUGGAGACGAGUCAGGACGGACUUUUUUGCAUUGUAGAAAUGUUGUCCUUGCUGCAUAUAUCUGCUGUCUUUGCUGUCUCUCCCUCUCCUCUCUGUUCAUCUGUGACCUAACACUUGUCUUCCCCCUCAGCUUUGCCAACCCUCCUUUUUUCCAUCUCUGUUUUGAUGAAUUUAGAGACAAAAGUCGAGUGCAAACGACUGGAAGCUGCCAGUGUUUCUUCUUUCUGCACUAAAAUAAGUCCAAGGUAUGAGAGCCAUCGCUGCAGAGAUAGCACCCCAGUCACCCGUGGUCAAUAGCUCCUGCAUCAACUGAUGUUCUUCUAUUUUGAGGAGUGUUGUCGUGAGAGAAAAACAGUCUCAAUGUUGUACAGAGAAUUUCUGGAUAUGCAUGCUUUGAGGGCACCAAAAAGUGUCAAAUUGAUGACCUCAAAUGUAUGGUGAAUUUCUAAGGCUGAAGUAUGAAAUAAAUUUAUUCCGACAUUUUUGUUGUUUGUUAGUUUAUUUUAAUCCAGAAGGCUUUUGCAUUCUGAGAGACGAUUAG